GCAACAGGUACAGCGCGCAUGUGACCGUUAUCAUUUCAUUCUCCGGCUGUCAGGAAGACAACAGCUUCUCACUAACUCGUUAUCGCUCACCGUGAGGCUCGUAUCGUGAAGACUCAUCACUUUGAGUUGUGUGGAAAUUUAUUUUAAGGGCCUACACCAGGGUGUGGGUUAGUCAAGCAUGAAGUCCAAAGGAAAAGGGUCAAAGCGGGGCAGACAGUCUUGGUCAGAGCAGGACGACCCAGACUUCACCCUGGAAACAGAGCCAGGUUCCAGCGAACAGGAGGGUUCAGAGGCGUCCAUGAGGCUCAGUGGAUCAUGGAGAACAUUGAGAGGUGAGGGGCAUGGUGGUACACGGGUGGGCAAACGUCGUAGACGACAACGUGGCAGUGCUAAGGAACGCAACGUGCGCAGGCUGGAGAGUAAUGAGAGGGAGAGGCAGAGGAUGCACAAACUUAACAAUGCUUUUCAGGCCCUACGAGAGGCCAUUCCUCAUGUUAAAACAGACAAGAAACUUUCCAAGAUCGAAACUCUGACACUAGCCAAGAAUUACAUCAAGGCCUUAACCACCAUCAUACUGGGCAUGUCUAAUGCCUGCCUGCCUCAUACGGAGGGUCACGUGGAGACGAAUGCCUCCCGGCUCCUGCAGUGCUAUCAGCAGCAUCUGGAGGAGGAGGGGGAGGAGGGUCUCUCCAGCUACCUGAGCCAAAUUCACAGCUUCAGCCAAGGCAGCUAACACACGCUGCCAUCGAACGGACUCAAAGAUACAGUGCUGAAUGAGAGAACAUUCCAGAGUCAAAACAGAUGGAAGUGAAUGCAUGAUGACAGUACCAGCUCUCAAGACAAAAGAAAAGGGUUGAUUUGUAUAACCCUUUCUGUGAAACUGAGUUUACAUGCUAAAUCUGGUCCACAAACAUGCUUUGAUGAAGAAAACUAUGUGCAGAAUAUAUAGUUAAUUAUGUAAACAACCCA